AAAGUCUAUGUGCUGUGCAACGAAUGAAGUUUAUUGUUUUCAUUUUCUCUCCCUCUCUCAUUUUUCAUUCUAUCGUUUACUAUUUUACGUUGUUCUGCUUGCCAUUCGAUAUACGCGCUGAGUGUGUGUGUUUGGUCUGGACGGUUUCUGUUGUUUUCUUAUUUUGUUUUUUAUCGUAUGAUUUUUCGGUUUUUAUGUUCAAUCAUUAUUAUUUUGAUUUGAUUUUGUUGAGCAUAUAUAUUAUUUAUUGUUUGUUGUUUGUUGUUUUUUCAUAUGUUGUUGCAUUUUAAAAUAGGGUCAUUUCAUUUGAACGUUUCGAUUUACUGCUCGUUUUGUUGCUCGGAUGGUUAAAGACUGCAACAAGAAAUAAUAUACGAAACAAGAACACGAAUAGCAGAAAGGAAAAUAAAAAUACUAGAAAGAAUAUUGUGUGGUUUAAGCAUUUGAAGUGCAUACGCAUUCGUGUGUACAAUUGUACUGUACUGUUGGAGAAUUAUGAAUGCUAAAUUGCUCAGUGUCGCGUAACAAAAACAUCGUACAUUUUUGGAAUGAAGCAGUGCGAUCAAGAGACGCACAUACACUCAUCACAUACAACCGAUUAUAUAUAUAUAUAUAUCCAUAUGGUGAACCGAGUCAGACGAAUAUAAUUGCGAUAAUAGCAAAAACAAUACCACCACUAUUAACUUGCAGAAUAAAAUACCAUAGAGUCGGUUUCGGUUUCGAUACGUUUAGCACGAAAUAAAGUAAUUUAUACACAAGUGGUUCUUAACAAGUUCGAGAGAAAGAGUGAAUACAUACAGCACGACGACGACGACAAAGUUUUUUUUUUGUCUGUUUCUCUGCCAAUUUUGUCUCUGUCACUUUCACACAUAGAGAUUAGAUAUUGCACAGGUGAUAGAAUUGAAAACAGUUUCAAUGGGCGUUGUAAAUCAAUCGAAUGAUUGAGUGUGUGCCUGUGCAUUGUGGUUGUGUGAUCAUUCAAGCAAACGGAUAAGAAAGAAAAUUUUGAUUGACAUUUAUGCAAAUUGUGGCAUAAAGCAGCACUCGCACAUACACACGCACCACAAACGACAACAAGAACGUGAGAAAUGUCACAACGAGCAUUGAAAAAACGAGAACACAGUUUGUUGAAGCAGGAGAAGGAAACGCACCAAAUUUAUCGUAAGCAAACACAACCAUUGAAUGCACAACAAAAAUCAACGAAAUACACACAACGCACUACCAAUCCGAUAAGUAGUGUACUUUGUAAGAGUUCAGUGAUAAAAUCGAACCAAAUUGAUAACAGCAAAUCCAAUAUCAGUGUGAGUAAGUUGAAGUUCCACUCAACACCAAAUUUAGCAGCAACUGCAUCAUCAUCGAUAUUGUCUACGACCGAUUCGUUUCGACGGAAACACAAUCAUAUUAUUCGUUCGCAUUCGGAGACCGAUUUGUCGUGUAUGCCAGAUGAGGCGAAUGUAUUGGUUAAUGCCAAAUCGGAAUUUCAUCUGAAAUCAAUUGCCAGUACACAAGUUCCAACACAAAGCUUUCAAUCAAUAUCGACGAAUACGUUCGAUCAUUCAUUAAAUCGACCAAAGAAGAGCGCAACGGUCGCAAAAUCAAUGAACACGCCGCCACGAAAUCUACACACGAAAAGGAUGUCGAUUCAAAGUGGACAUAGCAGCCAAACGGCGGGCAGUAUGACAUCCAGUGCAUCGAGUGCAUCAACACAAUCACCAAGCGUCGGCUUUUGUGAUCCGGAUAAUAUUCGCAUACCAAUCGUGGGAUACGAAGUUAUGGAAGAACGAGCCAGAUUCACGGUAUAUAAACUGCGAGUCGAGAAUCCAUUUACAAAUGACUGUUGGCUGGUAUUACGUCGUUACACCGAUUUUCAGCGGCUCAACAGCAAGCUAAAAACGACAUUUCCGCAUUUGCCGCCGCUCACGUUGCCACGCAAAAAGCUAUUCGGUGAUAAUUUCAGUAGUUUAUUCUUGAGUAAUCGCGUUCAGGGACUACAAAUAUUUAUAAACACAAUUAUGGCCAAUGAAACAUACCGAAAUUCACAGCCCGUACGGGAUUUCUUCUGCCUGGACGAGCCGCCAACGUACUCGGAAUCGAUCGAAGAAUGUCGAGCCAUUUUUGAGGCACAAGAAGAUACGAUCAACCAUUUAAAAAUGCAACUCAGAGCCAAAAACGAAAUUAUUUUGUCGAUGCAACAGCAACUAAACAAUGAAAUUGAAAAGAAUCGCGCUCUAUCAACGGCAAUCAAUUUUUCCUAUGAAAACUGUGAGAAUUGUUCGAAAAAGUUCGACGAGCUCAUGAAAUGUCAAACGAUGGCCAGUAAAAGCAAAUAGCAACGGAUAUCGUAUAUGGUUGAAUUCCAGGCGAAAAUCGACCAAUGUAUCAGCUGCGAUCUUAAAGUUUGGUUUCAUACCUCAUACAAUUGAUAUUUUAAUCAAAACAAUGGACACAUUUUUUUAUUAUUGGAAAACACAGAGAGUGUCCAUUGAUUGGUGUUACAAUAUGCUCAAAAUGCGUAGUUCUUUCGGGUGUAAUUCAACACUCUAACGAGAGAGAGAAGUAAGUUACCCAAAUACGACUUACCACGAAGAAAACUAACCACAAAAUGUGAAUUUAGUGGAUAUAUUUAAUUAUGAUGAUUCAACAAGUGUCCUUCCAUUUGCUACUAAGAUGCUCAAAAGAAAUUGUGAAAUAGAUAGACAUACAAAGAGUACUCCCUCUGUGAACGAGAGAGAAGGAAAGAGAAUGAAAAAUAAUUUGAAAACGAAUCAACUGUGAAUAUAUAAAUUUGAAAUUUGUUUUUGGAUUCAUUUGAGGCAUUUAGAUUUAAAGUAUUCAAGGCUAGAAUUUCAAGCUUUACUAAAUGAAAAUUUAUGUCUUUUCAAAUAUGUUUUUUUCUUUUGCUACAAAAAACGAAGAUAUUUUUUUAAAAAUGAAAACGUUUAUAAAUUGUAUUACAAAGAUUUUUUUUAAUUUAUGAAAUUAAUUUACAAAAUGAUUUAUGUAGACUUGUAGACUAGAUGAUUUUAAAAAUAAGAAUAAAUAUUGAUUGAACAAAA